ACAGAAGAAGAGUACCGGAGGCCAUAAUGGACUGCUGCAUCUGUGGUCCCAUGGCCAAUUAUUUCAAGCCUCCGAGGAACUCCAUCUGCUCCAGCUGCUAUGAGGGAGCCAAAGGAAUGAUGGCUUUCAUCAACGAGCUCGACGGCGAUCAAGAUGCCGGCUUUCCUACAAAUUCUCGUGGCUUCAAACCCAAUAUAUCCAAGGGGCUACUAAAUGCUUUCAAGUGGGUGAAGAAGAUGAAAGAAAGGGAGGAAGAACUGAAUGAGAAGUUGAGGUUUCUAGAUUGUCUUGUCUUGGCGCUGAGGGAUGGGAUUCACACAGACAUUAUGGUGAAGCCAGGCACAGGGGCUCCCUUAGCUGCCCAUAGAGCUCUGCUGGCCAUGAAGUCUGAAAUCUUCAGAACCAUGCUAGGCUCAGAUGAAUGCAAAGCCCCUGCAGAGGACACCAUCUCAUUCCCCGAGCUAAGCCAUGAUGAGCUCAAAUUCCUCCUGGAGUUCCUCUACACUGGAAGUUUGCCCAAGGGGAGCACAGACAAGCAUUUGUUUUCUAUGUUAGUAGCAGCAGAUAAGUAUAACAUCCCUUUCCUAAGAAAGGUCUGUGAGCAUCAGAUACUAGACUUGUUGGACUCAUCAAAUGCACUCAAUAUCCUUGAGGUGGCAGACGUUUGCUCUAAUAGAAUGUUGAAGGAUCAAGCUAUGAACUCGAUUGUCAAGAAUGUGGAGGACGUUGUGUUCUCCAAAAGAUACGAGGAAUUUGCUCUGAAGAAUGCUCAUUUGUGUGUGGAGAUCACAAGAGCAUUGCUGAUGGAGAUGAAGGAUGAGAAGGAUCAUGAGAUGUCCAGUUGAAUUGGAGAUUUUUUUUUAAGUUGAAGGCUACUUUUUGUUGAAAGGGCAAUAUAGAAGAUCAAAUAAGUGGAGAAUAUGUUGGAUUAUAGACUCGAAGCUGGAUAGCCACAGAGAAAUGAGUGAUGAAGAAUGCUCACCCAAUUACAUGAAGAAAUCAUGUAUUGAAAUUAAUAGACAAACUAUUGUUCCAUUGUUUUUUUUAAUAGAAAAAGUAAAACCAUCGAUGCGAUUUACAUCA